AUGAGCCAACUCUUGACCGUCGACCCGUGCAAAUCUAGCAAGGGCGUCUACAACUUUUGGGUCGGUGAUGGUGCCUCGAGAUUGAAUGGCGGCAUGGAAUUGGCGUUUUCCUUCUUGGCACGUCUUGAUGCCUCUUCAUCUGGCCCCUUCAAGACCUUUACCACCCUCUUCAUUUUGAUUGAUGAAACAUGGGCCAUUGGAAACAGUAUGAUUCAAAAGGAGCCCGACUACAUGUAUCACAAACUAUACAAACGGAGCUUCUAUGAAAUCUUGGCACAGCAUCCUCGCGUGGCACUUUGUCGAGGGUCCACUGAGCUCUCGACAGUCGUUUGCGACCUGACGGCACAACAUCAGCAAUACAUUCAAGAUGACAACGAAACCGAUGGUCAACUUCAGGUGGUUUUGGUCAUGGAUAUGCAUCUGUCCAUGCCCGCCACAAUGUUCCCCUUCCUGCAUGCUUUCAUGGAAGGAACGCCGGAAGGUCGGACCAAGUAUCAAUACAUUUCAGGCAUAACAGACAUUCAAGCAUCGCAUAUGUGCGGUUUCGAUCAAGUCGAAGGCAAGAGUGUCAUGUUUCUCAAUGACGUCUAUGGGAUCAAUUCCUUGGGUGAGUCUUUGCGCAUGAAUCAAUCUGGCUUUGGAGACCAAGGACGCCAAAUGCUCUUGUUUAUCUGGCAUCCAUCGUCUGCCUCUCCAAGUGACAAUUUUUCGCUUCAUCGCCCUCCAAUGGUCUGGCCUUCCGUGUCCAAUGCACUGGUAAGGUUUUUUGUGGGCAAAGAAGAGGAUGCUGCGUUCUUUGAUUUUGAUGGAACGCUGGACAACGUCCCCGACAUUCAGAAAGCCAUGUCGGCCAAGACACCACUGAUUCUCGUCAAUAUGCUUCCAGAGCACGAACGGCACACUGUUCCUUUGGACAUCCGAGUUUCCUCAAAGGUUUGA